AUGGACGCCAGACCAGACUCCAUCGACGACUCAAGCAUCAGAAAUUUCAACGGCAACUGCGACUCCAUGGAUGAAGCACCACCAGGCAAUCAACGUAGUGAAGCCGAACCAACGGAGUGCAACAUGGUUGUAUUACCCAACGGAACGAAACAGUGGCUACCUAACUACAAGAGCGAAAGCACGCCGUACAUUGGGCAAGAAUUUGCAUCACUAGAAGACGGAAUAAACUUCUACCAACCAUACGCAUCAAUCGCUGGAUUUGAUAUCAGACACGGCACGAAGCGACUGAAUAGGGAAGGGGCAGUUCACCUCAAACACAUUCUAUGUUCACGAGAAGGAUACAAGCCAAAAAAAAUAGGUAGCACCGUGGCGGCGGACAAAGGAAACAGCACAGAACCAAAGAAAAGGCGCCGGCUAUCAAACCGAGUUGGUUGUAAAGCCCGGAUCGUGUUCACAAGGCGCAAAAGCGGCAACUAUAAAAUCCACGCACUUGAGCUAUGGCACAAACACUGCCUAUGUUCUGACAUUGGAAAACCAUUUUUGAAAAUAAAUAGACAGCUGGAUAUUGGACACAAAAUUUUCGUAGCAAACUGCGCAAGGGCAAACAUUGGUUCCACAAAAUCAUGGAGACUAUAUAAAGAAAUGGUUGGUAGUUUUUCAGAUAUAGGAGCGACAUCCGCUGAUUUCUGCAAUUUUAGGAGGGACUUGUUGGCUUAUAUAGCUGGAGCAGAUGCACAAAUGAUAGUAGACGACAUGUUCAAAAAUAAAGAGAUGGAACCAGACUUCUAUUUCGAUUUUGAUCUCAACGAAGAGAGGGAGCUCUGCAGGCUAUUCUGGGCAGACACGAUAUCCCGGAAGAAUUUCGCAUGUUUUGGAGAUGUGAUGUCAUUCGACGCAACGUACAACACGAACAGAUACAAGCUCGUCUUUGUACCGUUUACCGGAGUCGACAAUCACAAACGAAGCAUUACAUUUGGGGCAGGCCUCAUUGCACGAGAGGAUGUGGAGUCAUACGAGUGGCUAUUGAAAAACUUCAAAAAUGCGAUGGGAUAUACGCCAAGAUGUGUUAUUACUGAUCAAGACCCGGCAUUAAAGAUCGCCAUACCUAACAUUAUGCCUGAAACAAGGCACCGAUUUUGUAUGUGGCACAUCAUGGAAAAAGUGGGGGACAAGGCCGGGAAUGCACUGGCAAAAAAUAUGGAGUUUAGGAAAGCACUGAACAACACAGUAUGGGAUGAAACUUUAUGUGCAGCUGAAUUCGAAUUGAAAUGGGCAGAGGUAAUGAAAAAAUACAACCUUGUUGAACAUCGGUGGUUCGACCAAAUGUACAAGGCACGUGAAUCAUGGAUACCAGCAUAUUUCCAAGAUAUAUUCAUGGGAGGACUACUCAAAACAACAUCACGAUCAGAAUCAGAGAAUAGUUAUUUUGGAAAAUUCACCAAUCACCACAACAGCUUGGUAGAGUUCCUAAUGCAAUACAAUCGCGCCAUAGGAGAACAACGACAUAACCAGCAAAAGUUGAACGCAGAGAGCGAAAGUUCAUUCCCUGAAACCAAAACCCCAUUGGCCAUAGAACGCCAAGCUGCUGCAAUGUACACCAAAAACAUAUUCUAUGACUUCCAGGCAGACAUAUGGGAAGGAAGCUUCAAAUGCAAAAUCACCUGGGGAGGGAUUGAAAAUGGGGGCCGGAAGUACAUUGUACAUGAGGAGGGUGGAAAAAUGUUUGAGGUAACUCACGAAGCAGCUACCCACAAAACAGAAUGCAAAUGUAACAAAUUCAACAGAGUAGGAAUUGUAUGCAAGCACGUGUUGGCCGUGUUCAAGAACGAAGGCGUGGAAGAAAUACCAAGAUGCUAUAUUACCCCCCGUUGGACAAAGAAUGCAUGCGCCCAGCCAAUGUACAACGUCGUGUGGAAAGCAUGCAGUACUACGCAAGGUGGGAAUGAAUUACGAACAAUUGCCAACCAACUUUGGAAUGAAUUCUACAAUUGCAUGGGUUUGGCUAAUGGAUGCGCAGACGAAAUGGAUAUAAUGUUGUCAACAAUGCAGGAGCUUAAAGGGAGGCUACAAAGUGCCAGACAACAAACCAAAACAAGCAACACCCCACAAUCAGUGAUUGAAUCAAUACUAAACACCACUGCACCUGCCGAGAUACAAAUCAAGCCACCCAGCAUAGCAAAGAACAAGGGCAGUGGGAAAAGAUUAAAAAGCAACAAAGAGAAAGCAAUUGAGAAACAGACGAAAAAGGUGAGGACAUGUGCUACCUGUGACCGCCCAGGCCACGACAGUAGGAAUUGUCCAAACAGAAAAGUCAUACCAAACGAGCAGACCGGCAUGGCCGACACCACUACGAAUACUAUUUCAUUUUAA